AGCAAACUCCAUCCAUCGGGCUAAUCUCAGCUAGCAGACAACGUAAACAUUGGCACAACCUUUGACUUUUCAACUGCUUUAUCGGGCGUUUUGUGCGUUUCGGUUCAUCCGAGGAUAACGCCGCUAUGCAGUGGAUUAAAUAAAAUGUAAGGGUCAAGUAUGGGUGUUUGGAUUUGUGCAUUUUUAACGCUGUCGAGGCCUUGAGUUUGUCCUGCUAACGGAAGCUCAUGAUUCAGCUGGAGAAACCGGUGCUGACUGGGACCAUGCCGGUGGUCUGGCCCACCGUCCUUGACCUGGGCAGAGAUGAGUGCAAAAGGAUACUGCGCAAACUGGAGCUGGAGGCGUACGCCAGCGUCAUCAGCGCCCUGCGAGCCCAAGGAGACCUGACCAAGGACAAGAAAGAUCUGCUGGGAGAGCUUACCAAAAUCCUCGGCAUUUCAACCGAGCGUCACCGUGCCGAAGUCCGCCGGGCGGUCAAUGACGAGCGCCUCUGCACCAUCGCGUACCACAUGGCGGGUCAGAACAGCUCGUCCGAGUGGUCCAUCGAAGGCCGCCGGCUGGUCCCGCUGAUGCCGAGGCUGGUCCCGCAAACGGCGUUCACCGCUACGGCCAAUGCGGUCGCCAGCGCCGCCGCCACUCACAACGCCUCCUUGCUAUUGCCAGCUGAGACGGGCAACAAGGAAGUGGUAGUGUGUUAUUCCUACACAAGCACGACGGGCACAUCCACCAGCUCCACGGCAACCGGCUGUGCCGUGGGAACGGCCACCAAGUCCCCGCGGCCGCCCAGCCCAUCGUCCAGCGUGGUGGUGUUGCCCAGUGGGAGCACUGUCUAUGUGAAAAGCGUGAGCUGUUCCGACGAGGACGAGAAGCCACGCAAGCGACGGCGUACCAACUCGUCCAGCUCGUCGCCGGUGUUGCUGAAGGAGGUCGCCAAGGUGUCGCCACCCCUGGCCAAGCACAUGGCGGCGCCGCCGGUGGUGAGCGGCAGCCCCAAGAUGAGCAACAUCAUGCAGAGCAUCGCCAACUCGCUGCCGCCGCACCUGUCGCCCGUCAAGAUCACCUUCACCAAACCCACCAUCCAGACCACCAGCACUGCCACCCAAAAGGUGAUCAUCGUGACGACGUCGCCCAGCUCCAACUUUGUCCCCAACAUCUUGUCCAAGUCUCACAACAACGCCGGCAUGUCCAAGCAAGCCUCAAACGCCAUUCUGACCACGCCCACCCAGAAGCAGACUGUGGUCUUCCCGGCAGCCAGUUCAAGCCCCUCGGCCGCGCCCGCCGUCACCAACGUGGUCUCCUCUACGCCCUCGGCCGUCAUGUCCACCGUGUCUAUGUGCACCUCCUCGGCAGGAGUCAAGGUGGCCUCGGCCAGGUUGCCCUCUCCGAAGACCCUGGUGGGCUCUACCACGCAGAUCCUGAGCCAGUUUCCCAAGCAGCAGUCGCCCAAACAGCUGCAAGCGUCCACCGUGGGGGCGUCUGGCGUGGGCCAGGCCCAGACCGUCGCUGCCGCCACCACCUCGCCGGGCCCCAAGCCCACCAUUCAGAUCAAGCAAGAGUCUGGGUUGAAGAUCAUCACGCAGCAGGUCCAGCCCAGCAAAAUCCUGCCCAAGCCGUCGUCGGUGGCUCUGUCCAGCAGCAGCUCCUCCCCCAUCAUGGUGGUCAGCAGCAACGGAGCUAUCAUGACCACCAAGCUGGUCACUCAGCCCACAGCCACCCAGGCAACCUACACGCGGCCCACCGUCACUCCGAACCUUGGCGCCCGGAUCACAGCCUCGGCCGGGGGCGCCACCUACGUCAAGACCACGAGUGGCAGCAUCAUCACGGUGGUGCCCAAGUCCUUGGCCACGCUGGGGGGGAAGAUCAUCAGCAGCAACAUCGUGUCUGGCACCACCACAAAGAUCACCACCAUCCCCAUGUCGUCCAAACCCAACGUGAUUGUGGUCCAGAAAGCCAGCGGCAAAGGGGCCACCAUCCAAGGGCUGCCCGGCAAGAACGUGGUCACCACGCUGUUGAACGCGGGGGGUGAGAAGAGCCUGCAGGCCGUCCCGGGGGUCAAGCCGGCCAUCAUCACCACCACCAGGCCCAUCACCAAGAUGAUCGUCACGCAGCCCAAAGGCCUGAGCGCCGCCUCCUCGUCCACUGCCACCAAGAUCAUCCCCACCAAGAUUGUCUACGGCCAGCAGGGGAAGACGCAGGUGCUCAUCAAGCCCAAGCCGGUGUUCCAAACGGCCGUGGUGAGCGAACAGACCCGGCAGCUGGUCACCGAGACCCUGCAGCAGGUGACCCGCUCGGCCGACGUGGGCCACAUUACGACUCAAGAAGGCUCUGCCAAGGACGAGUGCGGCGGCGCCAUGGAAACCGGCGGCUCGGCCGGCGAAACGUUGCACGAUACCCAGCCCGUGCUGCACGUGCUGUCCUCAAGAGAGAAAGGUUGGACAGAGCAGGAGGUGUCGGUGGAGUCGGCCCCGACCGUCAUCUACCAGGAGGUGACCGCCGGGGAAUCCCAGUCGGCCGCGUCCACCAUUAAAGCUCUGCUGGAGCUGCAGCAGACUUCAGUGAAGGAGAAGGGCGAGUCCAAACCCAUGCAGCACACCCACAUUGACCUCAGCCAGAUGGCGGUGCCCAUCCAGCUGGCGCAGGAGAAAAUGAUCAGCCCGGAAUCAUCCAGGCCGCCCAGCUCGGAGGCCGAAGCGGUCACUGCUGCCGCCGCCGAUGCCCUGGCGACAGGUAAAGUGAGCAGGGCGGGCGCGUUGGCAGAGGACGACGUGGCUGUGGCCGUGUCCUCCGCUAAUCCCCACAAAAGUGUCGGCCAGGUUACCCUGGUAACCAAGCCGGUCGCCGCCCCACCUGUAACCACGGUGACGCACAGCAGCCUCAAGCCUUCUGAUGGUAAAACCGACUCGACGCUGGAGGUGAGCGAGCUGGAAGGCGACACUCUGGACCCUCAGACGGGCUUGUUCUACCGCUCCACCAGCCAGACGGAUGCCCCCAAGCAAGCCCCCCACGCCGCUCCUCAGCCCCCAGCUGCCAGCCAACCAGAGAGUUCCACUCUUCCUCCUCCUCUUCUUCCUCCUCCUCCUCCUCCUCCUCCACAACUGCAGAGUAAACCUCAGCUCAGCCAGGCUCCUUCCUCAUCCUCUUCUUCCUCCUCGCCGGCCAAGAAGCUCCCCAAACUACGAGAGCAGAGUCAGGCCAAACCCCCGGGCGCCGCCGCCACGUCGCCCGUCACGCCGCAGCUGCCCAAACUGCAGCAGGCGCCCACGUCCCACCACAGGCCGCUGCACGCGCCCAUGUCGCACCCGCCGCCGCUGCAGGCGCACCACCCGGUCGGCGCCGACAAGGGCUUGCCAGGACAGCAGCCAAUCAUCACGCAGAGCGCCACCGUCACCAAGAUCACUUUCGGCAGCGCCCACCACCAGCCCGCCCACGUUCCGCCCGUCCUGAGCGGCAGCGAGGCCGAGCUGGCGGGAGAGUCUGGCUCGGGGCCCCAGGGCGACGAGACGUCCGUGUCGGACAUCCUGAAGAUUUCAAUGAUGGAGGCCCAAAUUGACCCCAGCACCGAGCCCAUGGUGGUGGACUCAUCCUCCGACCGGCCCCCCCUGGCCCAGGCCCUGCAGGCGCAGGCCGCCGCGGACACUGACCGGUUUGUCGGCAGCUCUGCGGUCACAGCGCAACAACAUUUUGGCAAUGAACGCCUGGAGGUCAUCGAGGUAAUCCCUCAGUACUCGAUCGUGCCGGACUCGAGCCAGUCCAACGUGGUGGUGGAGCCCAGCGGCUUCCUGGAGAUCACCAACUACACCAGCCAGCAGCUGGACGACGACGAGGGUGACGGCCCCGCCGACCACGAGGUGGACAGCGGCAACGACGCCGGCCCCCCGACGCCGUAGACCGGCCUAGAUGGUAUGCCCGACACCCACUUUGUUACGGAGCACGCCGGACUUUCGAGCCACUUGCGUUUUAACUUUCUCUCACUGACUUUUUAUAGGAGGGACAAAAUAUCAAAAUAGUCUUUCAAAAGAAGGAAUAAAUGUAUUUUUUUUUUUGUAAGAUACAAUACCACAAAUUCAUCUUUUGUUUCAACUUUUCCUUUUAUACCUUUUUCAAACUUGUCCACAGGAUUCGUGUUAUCUCCAGAAUAAAUGAUCUGCCUAGAAAAGGUUCUGUGUGUCACUUGAAGGGGAGUGAAGCAGUUUUCAACUUUUGAUUGAUGACUGAAGUGUCAAAAGCUAGUCCACCUAAAAUUUAUUCAGAUCUCCAAUUUACCCAUAGGAGAUAACCAAGAUUUUGCUCUGACACGGGUAAAGAAAGCCAAGCAGCACAAGUUGCUGUAUUGAUGUUAAAGCCUGUUAUUCAUUGCAAACAUUUAUUAUCAUCAUCAUCCUUCUUCUUAUUAUUAUUACACAAUUAUGAUGCAAACAACACCACCAGCCUCGCUUUUGGAUUGCAGUCAGCACCUGCUCCUGGAAUGAAGAGACGCAAGGGAACUGAACGUGUGCGCGUGUUAAUAUGGUCCCCCCCCCCUGCAAAAAAGUAAUUUUGGCAUCUUUCUCCAUCUCUGCUAUAAUAAUCAUCGUAACUGUAAUCAUAAUAAAAGGGU